AUGUGCCACGUUUGCAAACGGUUUGGCGACGACGUUUUGAAGCGAUGCAGUAACUGUAAGAUAAUCCUCUAUUGUGGUUCUGAACAUCAGAAGCAGCACUGGAAGAAGCACAAAUCUUUGUGCAAAGCAAUACAGAACGUGCUGCCAUAUUACAGCAUGGAUGAUGGCGGUGAAACUACGGAUGAUGAAUUAUGGACCGAAAAGAAGCUGAUGUUCAUGCAGCUAGUGUCGUCUAGGUUGGGACGUCGCCUGAAUGCGGAUGAGAUGCAAAUGUUCUGUUUUCCAAGAGAGGGCCUAGUUUGCCACGAACGGAACAAGUCGUUGGAGAGUUGUCAGAAGUGUGCUGCCAGCUUUUGUAAAAAUCACAAAGACGGCAUUGAGCACAGAGACAUAUGCGCUCCCCUGGAACUAUGUCUUUGCACAGAUUUAUUUUCUAUGCGAGAGGGAAACAGUCCUCUGGACUUGCAUUUUUACUUACAACACAUUUCCUGCACGAGUACAUUUCAGAACAUGAAAGACUUUAUAGAGGCUUUUGGGAAUAUUCAGAUUGACUCGGAGAUGUCGCACAACGUCUGGGCAGCUCAACAUUCAGAAUAUCUGACAUGUUCCUUAACAUUGUUUUAUGUUAUGCGAUUAUUAAAGUAUGUCCCAAAAAGUAAAAAUCUAGUCAUUCAUGUUCUAGGUACGAAUGGGUCCGACGAAAUCUUCCGGACAUUUUGGGAAAUUUUGCCGCGUUUAAUAGGAACCAUGAUGAUAGUUAUAGUAACGUGA